AUUCACCUCUUUACUUUACACUCCUAUAUAUUCCACUCUCUUCACUCAUCUUUGCAUCUCAUUUUUAUAUAUUGACUUCCUAUAGCUUCCUCAGCUACUCAUUUUCUUUCUACUUGUAUUCCAGUUACCUUGAUCAGUUUCCUAAUGGCCACUGCUGAGGUUGUAUCAGUACAGACAGCUCUCACAGAGGAGAAAACUGAGCAAACAAUCAAGGUUGAAGAAAAUAAAGAACAAGAGGUAGUGGCUGCACCAGCUGGGACAGAAAGUGUUGCUGAAGAGACCAAGGAACCAGAAAGUGUUGCUGAAGAGAUCAAGGAACAAGAAACUAAAGCAGAAGAGGUAGUGGCUGCACCAGAUGCAACAGAAACUGUUGCUGAAGAGACCAAGGAACCAGAAGCCGUUGCAGUAUCUGAAGAAAAAGUUGCUCCGGUUCCAGAAGCUGAAACCCCAGCGAAAGUGGAGACUAAGGAAGUGGUAGAAGAGACGAAGGUUUUGGCAGUAGAGAAAACUGAAGAGGAAACUCCCAAGGAGACUCCUGCCGAGACAGUGGAAGAGCCGGCUAAAGAAACUCCAGAAACUACUGAGGCUGAGGCACCUGCAGCGGAACCAGAAGUCGAAACUCCAAAAGAGGAAGUGAAGGAAGAAGUGAAGGUGACUGAAGGUGAGGAGAAGGUUGAAACAGAAGCAGAGGUUGAAAAGACCGAGUAACGAGGAACCUUCAAAGAAUUAAGUUUCAGUAGUGGUGAUACUUAUUAGCCUUUCUAGCUUGCAUGUCGAGUUCAAUUCAAUGGCUUAUUCUAGCUUUACUUAGUGGUCUGAUAAUAAGACGGUUGGGCGUCUAGGUAAUGGAGAUGGGCGAUCCUCGAGGACUUACCAAAGCCAACUCACCACUUGGCUCUUGGCUGACACGAAUCAAAUCACUCAAAUCUGAAUAUUCUUCUUCAUCGAUCUGCCAACCCGCUUCAUUCUGAUUUGUGUGUUAAUUGCUACGUGGGCAGAGUUUGUUUGUUGGUGCCUUGUGGGUCAUUGGGUUUAUUUUAUGUUGCAUUGCAUGUAUGUUGUAUAAUAAUAUAUUCCUGCUUUGUUCUUAUAAGAUCGUAAUGUUUAUUCAUGGGUUA